AUGGAUAGGCCUGAAUAUGUGUGGAAACAAACUUGGCAAUGGAUGGUAGAUGAUAUUGUAUUUAAUCAUAGAAGACAAGGCAUCCAACUAACAGACAAAGAAAAAAUGCAUCUUUGUUUGACGGAAAUUGAAAACCUCUUGCAAGCCAACAGGAAAAGCUUACGAGAUUUUCCUUCGAUGCCAUAUCCACUAGGAUAUGCCGCCAAGACGCACCAAAAUAAUCUUAUCUACAAUGAAUUGGCUUACAACAGGGAGAUAUUGGCUGCCAAAUUUGACAAAUGCUACCAGUCGCUAACAGAUGAGCAUGCUUCUAUUUUUAAUAAGAUUAUGCAUGUGGUUGCAACUCAAUCAGGUGGAGUUUAUUUUCUAUAUGGAUAUGGUGGCACAGGCAAGACAUUUGUGUGGAAAACUUUAUCAUCUGCUAUACGCUCUACUGGCGGAAUUGUUUUAACAAUAGCUUCAAGUGGGAUUGCCUCAAUACUAUUGCCUGGUGGUAGAACAACACAUUCUAAGUUUGCUAUUCUUGUCCCUGCAACAAAAAAUUCGACAUGCAAUAUCCAUCAAGGGAGUGAUUUGGCUGAAUUGUUGCAUAUCACAAAACUCAUCAUAUGGGAUGAAGCUCCAAUGUGUCAUAGAUACAGUAUUGAGGCCCUUGACAAAAGUUUACAGGACAUCAUGCACAACAACAAUCCUUUUGGAGGAAAGGUCAUUGUUUUUUGUGGUGAUUUCCGUCAAAUUCUACCUGUUGUGCCAAGAGGUAAUCGUUCUGACAUUGUCUAUGCAACUUUAAAUUCAUCUUACAUUUGGAACCAUUGUCAAAUUCUAAAGCUGACUAAAAAUAUGCGGUUGCAAUCAAAUCCUACUGAUCAUUCCAACUUGGAUGAACUAAAACAAUUUUCUGAGUGGUUGCUAGACAUAGGUGAUGGUAAACUUGCAGAACCUAAUGAUGGUUAUGGUGAAAUCACCAUCCCAUAUGAGUUUCUUAUCAAGGACUUUCAAGAUCCUAUCCAGACAAUUGUUGAAGCAACAUAUCCAAACUUAUUACACAACUACAGCAAUGGCGAUUUCUUGCAAAAAAGAGUUGUCCUUGCCUCUACAAAAGAUGUUGUUGAUAAAAUAAAUGACUAUGUCCUGUCUUUGAUUCCUGGUGAGGAGAAAGAGUAUUGUAGUGCUGGUUCUGUUGACAAAUCAGAUGAACUACUCAGUCCUUCAUUUGGAGUACUAACAGCUGAAUUUCUAAACUCAUUGAAGACAUCAGGCAUACCAAAUCACAAGCUCAUAAUCAAGGUUGAUACGCCUAUCAUCCUACUACGAAAUCUGGACCAAGCUGAUGGGUUAUGCAACAGAACUAGGCUUAUUGUUACAAGACUUGGUUCAAGUGUUGUUGAAGCGGAGAUUAUUACUGGCCUAACAUAG